CUCUCUCUCUCUCUCUCUCUCUCUCUCUCUCUCUUCCCCUGUUUAAGAAAUGAUUAACUUAUCCAGACCAACUUCUGGUUUCUCAUUCGUGAAGCUCGCUUCUACAAAAUCAAUUCCGGAAUGGCCUCAAAAGCCCAAAUUCCUCUUCUCAAAUCCCAUUCCUUCUUCCUCUGCAAAUUUUCUCUCAAAUAUCAGGCUUUUCCAUCACUGUUGGGCUUCAGAUACGGCUCCGAGAAAUGGGUUUCAAAGCAACAGAGAUUUGAGGCCCUCGGCCGUUGCAGGCCUCUCUCUUGGAAGCUUAGAGGGUCCCCAAUCUGUUCUCGAAGCAGUUGCAGUCUUGGCAGCCAUAAUCAUAGUCCAUGAGAGUGGCCAUUUCUUGGCUGCAUAUCUUCAAGGAAUCCAUGUGAGUAAAUUUGCUGUCGGUUUCGGUCCUGUGUUAGCGAAAUUCAAUGCCAAGAAUGUGGAGUUCUCUAUCAGGGCCUUUCCUCUAGGUGGUUUUGUGGGUUUUCCAGACAAUGAUCCCGAGAGUGAUAUCCCAGUUGAUGAUGAGAAUUUGUUGACAAAUAGACCCAUUAUCGACAGGGUAUUGGUUAUAUCAGCUGGAGUUGUUGCCAACAUAGUCUUUGCAUUGGAUAUAUUUUUUCAGGUUGUUUCAGUGGGGUUGCCUGUUCAAGAAGCUUUUCCUGGUGUUUUGGUUCCUGAUGUUCGAUUGAAUUCUGCUGCUGCCAGAGAUGGAUUACGCUCUGGUGAUAUUAUUCUCAGUGUAAAUGGUAAUUCUUUGUCUAAAUCCAAUUCCUCUGUUUUUGAAGUUGUUGAUGUGAUAAAGAAGAGUCCUGGUACGAGCGUCGCGCUGAAGGUAGAGAGAAAAAAUGAGAUUUUGGAAAUUGGGGUCACCCCAGAUUUGAAUUCAGAUGGAACUGGAAGGGUUGGGGUUCAAUUGUCUGCUAAUUCUAGAGUUUCAAGGCUGAAACCCAGCAAUCUCGCACAGGCGACGGUCUAUGCUAGCAGGGAGUUUUGGGGUCUUUCUAUGAAUGUGUUGGAUAGUUUGAAACAGACCUUUUUCAAUUUUUCACAAUCAGCAAGCAAGGUGUCAGGGCCUGUAGCCAUUAUUGCUGUAGGAGCAGAGGUCGCAAGAUCAAGCACUGAUGGCAUCUAUCAAUUUGCAGCCAUUCUUAAUCUUAAUCUUGCGGUAAUAAAUUUGCUUCCUUUACCUGCUCUUGAUGGUGGGUCAUUGGCUCUUUUACUUGCAGAAGCGGUAAGAGGGGGUAGAAAGAUCCCCCAAGAAGUUGAGCAGAGGAUUAUGUCAUCUGGGAUAAUGAUUGUUGUUCUCCUGGGGGUUUUCCUCCUUGUUCGUGAUACCCUUAACCUCAGUUUUAUAAGAGAAAUGUUGUGAUGAGCUGUUCUAGUUUUAUCGGAUUAAUGGCUUCGCACCAGAAGUGCACUGCUAUUUUUGGGAUUCCCAUCAGUAAGGCUUACUCUAGUUUGGCUGAUAGGCUCCUUCCAAGAUAGUGGGGUGUAAACUAUACAGAAUUUAAGGCUUCUGCAAGCAGCACCUUGAAAUAUAAGAGCAUGGUGAAUUGCUUUACCCCGUUUGGAUCGUGCAGUGUUGUUUGUCAAUUGCUCUACCCCGUUUGGAUCGUGCAGUGUUGUUUUUCAAUGACCUUCUAUCAAAUUGUGAAUUCCUCUUGAGAAUGAAUUUAAACUAUCAUUUUUAUUUCUUCUCUGGAUACCUGCUACCAUUAUCUACUAGCCACUUGUCAUUGGAGACUUAGGAUAUAUAGUUCCCAUGUAAGUACAUUAUAUGGCUGGACUUUUGUAAGACUGCCAAAGGAUGAAGAUUGAUAGCUAUCUUUUGUCAAAAAUGAUGGCUAUUCACUGCCCUUUGCUUAAGGUAUAAAUUUGGUGGGAAUAGCUUAUAAAAGAUACCGUGUUUUUGGAGGUCACAGUUGUACUUUUAUUGCCCCAAGAAUCCAAGCAUUUCAUCUGGUU